AUGCCGACAGAACUGGAAGAGCUGGUCGAGUUCCUGCACCACGGUAAUACCCAGAUUCGUCAAAUAGCGUGCGAAAACCUGGUUGGAUAUUCGUCACAGCCGGCAAUAUUCAAGGCACACCAGUUGCUGCCCAUCAAAGAUCUCAAAUUGCUUAUACGGGACUAUCCGGCGAUAGCCAAGAAUGCUCUCACAAUCUUGAUCAACUUGAGUAGCCAUGACGAGGAGAUCAGGGUAAACCUGGCCCAGGACGAUAAUGUGGUCAAUGACCUGGUUCGGAAAGUCGCAGAUCCCAAAGAGCCCAAUCCGUCUGAGCUGUGCGAACUUCUGGCGAACCUCAGCGCAGAACCUUCCCUCUCCCGUCUCCUCACCAUCAAGCGCCCGCCGACAACCACAUCCAAAUCCGACAUCGCCCUCAACCAACUCCUGGAUCUAUUCGUCUCCAGCCCGUCCAACACCGCCUUUGAUCACCUCAGCUACCUGCUGGCAUCUCUAUCAGGCACCUCCGAGUCUGUCAGGAAGUACUUUGUCCAGCCACAAUCCUACGACGAUGUCACUCCCCUAUCAAAGAUAUUUGUCUUCACGGAUCAUCCCUCUCUGAUCCGCCGCCGAGGCGUGGCAUCCACGCUCAAGAACGUAUGCUUCGAGAUCAGCGCGCAUCCGGCUCUGCUGUCCCUUCCUUCUGCCUCGCAAGCAGAAAUGGACAUCCUGCCAUACAUCCUCCUCCCCCUUGCCGGCAGCGAAAGCUUCCCAGACGACGAAAUGGAGAAGAUGCUACCAGAUCUGCAGCUUCUGCCGCCAGACAAGGAACGCGAGUCGGACAACGAGAUACUGGUGACGCAUCUGGAGAGUCUGACGUUGCUAACGACGACAAGAGGGGGCAGAGAUCGAUUAAGAGAUGUGCAGGUGUAUCCUAUAAUCAGGGAAUGUCAUGCUCAUGUGAAGGAUGAAGCGGUAGGGGAAGCAAUCGAGCGAUUAGUGAAUGUCUUGAUGCGAGAUGAGGAGGGUGAGAAUGGACAAGGUAGGAUAGACGAGGAUAGAGAGGUUGAAGAAGUGUUGUGA